AUGGAUGACUGGAGCAGCAGUAACAAACUCAUACAGAAGCUGGAUUUUUCCAGAUGUGGAGAAGACAGUGAGAUGGAAGAGGAUGAUGGUUUAAGAGUGGAAGAUGUGAAGCAUGUCACUCCACAGAAAAAUUUUGAGUUUCAGAACUGGAGAACGCAUUCUCCUUUCCCAGUGACCCCUCAAAGACAAUUGAACGAUUGCUCUCCAGCACACCCAGUUUCUUGGGUGAAUCCUCUGAGGGGAUGUAGGGAUUCUUUGCGAAAGAAAACUGUCCCUUUGGAAGAUUAUCCUGGAACUCCUUUGCAUUAUGUUACCUGGCAGAAGCUGCAACUCUGUGAUACCCCGAAUACUCCAAAGAGUCUCUUAAGUAAGACAACUUUCCCUUCACCUGUGGGGAAAUUUCCCUCCAAAGGGAUGAGGAACUUGCGAUUCACUUCCUGUUCUGACCCAGAGGAGGCUUCUUCGACUACUUUGGUUAAUAUUAAUCCAUUUACACCCGAAUCGUAUCGACAGAUGGUCUUCCACCCCAGCGGCAAGAGGAAAGCCAGAGGGGAGUCAGAGGAUUCCAACCAAACAGAUGGAACAAUGGAGCUGGGAAUGCCUGCCAAGAGAUUCCUCUUGCGUGAGAGCAACAUGGUUUCCCGCUACAAGAAGGAAUUCCUAGAGCUGGAGAAGAUUGGUGUGGGUGAAUUUGGUUCUGUUUAUAAGUGCAUCAAAAGACUGGAUGGUUGUGUCUAUGCCAUCAAACGCUCAAAGAAACCCCUUGCUGGGUCCUCAGAUGAUCCUGGGAACUUCUGGAUGCUCCCAUUCAAGAAUCAUCUGGACUGUUUAGCUUUUUCCAAGCUUCAGGAACAGCUCAAUGUGGAGAAAUUCAAAACUGCUAUGCUGGAAAGAGAGCUGAGAGCAGCCCGGAUUGCCCAGGCCUUUCAAAAGGAUCCAUCUUUAGAACGGACCAGAGCACAAGAAUCUGGAAUCGGUUUAAGGCACAAGAACACCAAGAAGCGUCUGGUUGGAGGAAAAAAUGCUCGAUCUUUUAGUUUUACCGCUACUGGCUAUCAAGGAUCAGGCUAUGCUAGUCACUCAAGUAACUGA